UGAUAAUCACGUAAAACUAAUUUUUUUGACAUUGACCUUGAAUAAAAUUUUUUCCAUACAUGGAAAUGAUGGAGAACAAUCACAUUUUAUUUUCAAUUGUAUUUUAAACAAUUUUACUGAUUUUCAGCUCGAUGGGAAUUUAUCACGUCUAAUUUGACAGGACUAUUAUUCUAAAACCUUGCCGAAAAAAUCGAUUAGCUGCAAUCAAGUUUUUGCACUCCGCUGAGAAUUCGAGGCACUCCCUUUGAACUAAUUUUUGUCACAUGAAAAAACUCAUAUAAGAUCUUUAGAAUACUUAGAAUAAUUUCUUCCAUUAAUUUCAUAUUUUCUGAAGUAGUUACCGUCACAGGACCUCUUAUACACGUGGAUCAUCUUAAUUCACGUCCUCAGCGAAACAACUAGAACCAAUUUUUAAUUCCACUCUGUUUUUUCAAAAGAACUAGACUAAGUGGUUGCUCUAUUCAAAUAAAAAGAUAUAUGAGACAGAAGAGAACAAGUCUUUCAACCAGACAAACAUAAUUGGUGAGAAAUAAACAAGGAAAGGAAAAUAAAUGUUAGAUACUUGUAUCAGUAAGUCCAAAGGUGGUGAUUACUUACUUACAGAAAUGAAGCAUUCUCCUAAAAAAGCUCGUAGUUUCAUUGUAUCUCGAAAUAUAUAGUAUUACCCUCGUAUGUGGACGGAACAAGCUACUAGAAAUCAAACAGCAGUUAAAACAGUGAAUUUUGGUGCCAAAAUAUUUAUGCUUUGCUAACAAAUAACGCGGUAACUCGUAACCAUAACCAAUUCCCAGUUUUUUUCUAUAGACUUUUCAUCAACUUAACAGGGAGGGACUUAACUCCAACCAGUGUUUAUAUAUACUAAUAAUUUCCAUUACAAAAUAAUUGUUUUUAUUUCUUAUAACGAUUAACUAAUUUUACAUACAAAAUAUUCUCCGUGACGUAAAUAAUAGUAUGCAAUACUUAAAUAUAUAUAAUAUUGUCUUAUAAAUAAUAUCUUGUACUUCCUAUUUAUUAUUUUAUUGAUGUUUCGUCCUUGAUAGAAGCACCUAUAAAACUUUGACGAAAAAAAAUUUACUUAAUAUUUUUCGUUCAAUUAGAUAAUCAAAAUAAAAUGACGAUUAAUAUUUUUCACAUUUUACUUUUGUCUUGUAUACAUUUGGCGACUACAACAACUUCUGUGCCUUACAAGACGAUGUUGGGGGGAUACCGAAUCCCCGUUUUGGGAUACGGAACUUUUACAGUAAUGAAUGAAACUGAGUUAACGAUAGCUCUAAAUGAAGCACUAAAACUUGGCUAUCGACACAUCGAUACGGCUCAAAUAUAUGGAAACGAAUACAUAAUUGGAAAUGUUUUAUCCGAAUGGUUAAUAUCAGGAAAAUUGAAACGUGAAGACCUCUUCGUUACAACAAAACUUCAUGUAAUAAAUGCCUUUCCGGAAAAAGUAGAACAAGCGGUUAAUAAAUCUUUAACUGAUCUUAAAUUGGAUUAUAUAGACUUAUUAUUAAUCCACUGUCCCAUAGCCUUUAAUUUAGAUAGUAAGGGUGGACUUAUAGCGGCUCCUACUGAUCACGUUGGCGUUUGGAAGAAAAUGGAAGAACAAGUAGAUGCUGGUCUAGUUAAAAGCAUUGGACUUUCUAAUUUCAACAUGAGUCAAAUAAAUAGAAUUAUAGCUGCAGCUCGAAUCCCACCUGUAAAUCUACAGAUUGAAGUACACCCAUAUUUUCAGCAAAAAGAGUUGCGGGAGUACUGUCGUCAACACAAUAUACUAGUUGUUGCGUAUUCCUCUUUGGGAUCACCAGGACUUCCGAAAUUUUUCAAAAAUGUUGGUUAUAAAAACACUACUGUACCGAAUAUUUUAGCUGAUCCCGAAAUUGCUAGAAUGUCAAAAAAACAUAACAAGACACCAGCUCAAGUAAUUCUAAGGUUCAUUAUUCAACUCGAUCUUGUUGCUAUACCCAAAAGUACGAACGCUAAAAGAAUCAAAGAAAAUAUCGAAAUAUUCGAUUUUGAAUUGGAUAAUCAGGAUAUGAAGGAUAUGGAAAAACUUGAAAAAGGAAUUAAAACGAAAGUAAUUGAUUUACUAUUUUUAGGACCAAAUGUAGAAAAACACGCGGAAUACCCUUUUACAGAGCUGUUUCAAUAGAAACAAGUCCACGAAAACAAAUUAAGAAUUCACACCGCUUUUUAUUAAUCAUAUAAAUAUAAUUUGUAUUUCUA